GUAAACAACACAAGCGCCUGUAUCGUCAGCUGCUCGCACGUGUGGAGCUGGCUGUAAAAAACGAUAUUGUAGACGUUGCGGAGGUAAUUAUUCCAACAAUGUCCUCAGUUGAGUCUUUGAGAGAGUUUGUCACCGAGCGACUCACUGCCGCUGCUCAAGAAAUAUUCGGAGUCUUUGAAAAAACUAUCUUCCAGUACGAGGAAGAGGUCGACCGUCAGCGCAGACUGCUGGAUGUCGUUUGGAAACCUGCAAUAAAGCUACACAGGAUAG